CGGCGGGGGAAGGGGGGGUCGGUGGGGAGAUGGCCCUCGGGAGGCGAAAAGUUCCACGGUGGUUCCCCGGUUGCCGGUGUUUGCCGCGUCGUCGUCUCCCAUCAGCUGGGGGGGGCUUCAAUACCGGAGGACGCCCCGGUUCCUCGUAAUUAAUUGUCCGUCCUUCGUUAAGAAAUUGCCCGGGUGAUGUAAAUAAGAGAAACCGCUGGAAACGGGAUCGUCCUGCCUGCCGCCACCGGGAACGGGCAAACGGAGACGGUCGCUGCCGUCGAGGGCUGGAGUUGGCUGGGCAGGGGAAGCAAGGGGAACCGGGGGGCUGUCGGGCCCCUCAUGGCACAAGGGGCUCGCCGGUUUUUCACCCCCAUCACGAAGUUUCUCUCGAAUCGCAUUUAAAGGAAAAAAAAAAAAGAAUUAACGUUCCUUCUCUCCCUGCCUUGUUGUCGUCAUUGGGAUGUAAAUAAUUAUAUGGCAAAACCAGCCUGGAAAUCAUCAGAAUUCGGCAUCUUCUGGUGCGUUCCUCUUGCCCCGGAGCUGCGUCCGGCCCUGAUUGGUGCGGUAUAAUUACACGUAAUUACACGCUUUGCUUCCUCGGCAUGCGUGAGAAAACAUGCCUUGAACUGCCACAGAAUGAAGCCUGCUCUUUUCAGCGUGCUGUGUGAGAUAAAGGAGAAAACAGAAUCAUCUAGGUUGGAAAAGACCUCUAACAUCAUCUUCUUGUUAAGUAUUCGCGGUAUUCAGGAAGAAGAUCCCCCAGAUGCUCAACUAAUGAGACUAGAUAACAUGUUGCUGGCAGAGGGUGUCUCCGGGCCCGAGAAAAGAGGAAGAGGAGGACCGAUGGCUGUAGCAGCAACAUCAGGUGGCUGUCCAAAUGACAAUAGCAUUGAACACUCUGACUACAGGGCCAAGCUGUCACAGAUCCGACAGAUAUACCACUCUGAGCUAGAGAAAUAUGAACAGGCCUGCAGUGAGUUCACCACCCACGUUAUGAACCUGCUUAGGGAACAGAGUAGAACGAGACCAAUUUCGCCAAAAGAAAUAGAGCGCAUGGUGAACAUAAUCCACGGCAAAUUCAGCACCAUCCAGAUGCAACUGAAGCAGAGCACGUGCGAGGCAGUAAUGAUCCUGCGUUCACGCUUUCUUGAUGCAAGGCGUAAACGACGUAACUUCAGCAAACAGGCAACGGAAGUACUGAAUGAGUAUUUCUAUUCGCAUCUGAGUAAUCCUUACCCCAGUGAAGAGGCCAAAGAAGAGCUAGCGAAGAAAGGUGGCAUCACGGUUUCACAGGUUUCCAACUGGUUUGGUAACAAAAGAAUUCGAUACAAAAAAAACAUGGGGAAGUUCCAAGAAGAAGCCAAUAUUUAUGCUGCAAAAACAGCAGUAGAUGCAACUAAUGUCGUGGCUCAAGGCAACCAGGCAAAUUCUCCGUCUACACCAAAUUCAGCUUCCUCUGGCUCUUUUAAGAUGACAAAUUCUGGAGAUUCGUUUAUAAACUUGCAGUCAUUGACUUCCUACCAGAGCUCCCCAGUGGGAGCCAACGUGCAGUCGCAGAUGGAUUCCUUACAUCACGUCAUACACCAGACAGGAAGAUAUGACACAAUUGUGGGGAAUCCUUUGUAUACGACGCAGCGUAUAGAUGUAAGAUGUGCUGAGGCUAAUGGCAGCUGGCAGGAUGCUACCACCCCUUCAUCAAUCACUUCACCUGCUGGAGACCCUGGAAGUGUUAAUUCGGAUGCGUCUAAUUAAGUUUUUAGGACCUAUUGAUGAGAGGAAAGAGGUCAUUAGUGUAAUUUGUCAAUGUUGCUCUUUUGCCAAUACCAUUGUUUAUACAACUUGACACACAGCUAAUUACCUCAGAAAAAACCCUGGAACCAAUAGAAGAUUGUGAUUACAAUGAUACCUCUCUACCUCUCAGCCUCACGCAGUUGAGUUCUUUUUACUUAUGCCCAUUGGGAUGUGAAAUUGUUUUAAAAGAACUUGCUUCAUUUUCCUAACCAAAUUCAUUUUUUAAAAUAUGGAUUUUAUGGUAAGAAUCUGAAAGUGUCUCUUCUAGAACUUGGCAUUUGUCUCAAGUUUUACAGCUUAAGAAAAUUGACUUAUUUUAAUUUCCAUAAAGUUUUUUACUAUGAAAUUUCUGUUCUAGUUGAUAGCUACUAACAGUUAAACCCCCUGUAUUGUAAUUGUAUGCGUUCUCUGUAUUGUAAUUUUGUAUAGGAAAAUAAGCUUUUCUUAACUAGAAUUCAUUCUGAGCUAAUUAAUCAGAACGUUGCUUUACCAAAACUCUCACUGGACUUUGCUCUCGGGUAGGACCUUCCAUCAUGUGUCAUUCCACGUAAUUCUAAUUUAAUGUCUAGUGAAAAGAAAAAAAAAAAAAAACCCCAACCCACAACAAACCAACAAAACCCCCCGACUUCCCCAUGGAUAAUAGGUUUUUGUGCAUUUCUGCAGCUGUUAACGCAGAGUCCACCCUUUUCAGUUGAGAUUUUAUCAAAGAUAAUAAACUUCCAAAGCCUUUUUUUUUUUUUUUUUUUUUUUCCUUCCCCUCCUUUUCCUCUCAGCUCUGAGGCGGCGGGGGUCCCUGAG